UUUUCCUUUAAAUAUUUCGUUUUUAUUCUUGUUUUUGUUCAAAUUCAUGUCUUCCGCUUCUUCUCGCCUUCAAACAGUGAAAGAACACUUAAAGGUAUACCGCAUUUGUUAAACACCCAGUACUGUGUCAAAAUGUCAAUACUCACUGGGAAACAUACAUAUAGCCUGUCAUGUCUUCUCACAAGAGCCCUAUCACUUGUCAUGUCCUCAUUGCAUCCUUAGGUGUACCUGGUGAAAACAUCGAUGUCAAAAUCGAAAAGUUAGACUCUACUGGCGCCUUCAGUACUCUUUCCACAUCUCAAACCAACAAUGAUGGUCGCUGCCCUACUUUAUUGCCGGAAGGUUAUAAGGCUGAGAAGGGUAUUUACAGAGUCACUUUUGAAACUGCUGCUUACUUUUCCAAGAUGGGUCAAAAGUGUUUCUAUCCUUAUGUCCAGAUCGUUUUCGAACUUGCUAAUCCUGAGCAACAUUAUCACAUUCCCCUUUUGAUCAGUCCUUACUCUUAUACUACUUAUCGUGGUAGUUAAAUCAGUUCCAUGACAUAUAUUUUAAGUCGCUGAAUGUGUUGUAAAUAUAGACUUAUUUAAUAAAGAUCCAAUCGAAAGUCUGCCGUUGUACACAAAUGGGUAUAUUUAUUG